AAGUACCAGGUCCUGACGGGAACCCGAGCCGCUGGCAGUUCACAUUAAGCAUCAUACGCUGCCUGAGUGUCCAAUAACUCCCGUUCCAAAUAGCCUGUCUCCAAGCGGCGCCCUGUUUUCAACCUAUCCCCCACAAGCCCUGCAACGAAUUCUACUUCGAUCUCAGACGGAAAAAUCACAGAAGCUGCUCUUGUAAGGAAGAGAGAAUUCAAUGGCUCCGAAGGCCAAAGAGAAGCCAAAACAGUCGCCUUCUCCUCAAUCUCAGCCGUCCACUUCUCUCGAAGACCUCUUCUCCACCCUCAAUGGCCACAUCCAGAAAUCCGAAUACGAUAAGGCCGUUAAAGUCUCAGAUCAAGUGCUUGUGAUUGCUCCUGGCGACGAGGACGCCUUGCGGUGCAAGGUUGUUGCACUGAUCAAGUCCGAGAGCAUCGAUCAGGCUCUUUCGUUGAUUCAAGCAUGCGAAGGGCUCUCGAUCGAUCUCAGAUUCUACAAGGCAUAUUGCUUGUAUAGACAAAACAAGCUAAAUGAAGCUCUGGAGACAUUAAAGAACCUGGAUAAGGAUGCUGCCAUUCUGCAGUUAGAGUCUCAAAUUCUUUAUCGGUUGGGUAGGAUGGGAGCUUGUAUGGAGAUCUAUGAGAAGCUUAAAAAUUUAAAAGCGGAUUCUUUCUCUUCAGAAUUAAAGACAAAUAUCAUUGCUGCUUUGAUUUCGGCUGGAAGGGCUUCUGAAGUCCAAGGAAUGAUGGAUGCACUCAAAGUUAAACCAACCAGCAGCUUUGAGCUGGCAUAUAACACCGCUUGUUCUUUGAUUGAAAAGAAAAAAUAUGCAGAUGCUGAACAACUAUUGCUUUCAGCUAGAAGAAUUGGUCAGGAAACCUUAAUGGAGGACGAUUUUGCUGAUGACGAGAUAGAGAGCGAGCUUGCUCCUAUAGCUGUCCAGCUGGCAUAUGUUCGACAGCUACUUGGGAACCCUCAAGAAGUAAUUGAAGCUUAUACGGAUAUUUUGAACCGAAAUCUGGCUGAUGCUUCAUCACUUGCUGUGGCGACAAACAACCUAAUCGCAUUGAAGGGCACAAAGGAUGUCUCUGAUGGAUUGAGAAAGCUUGAUCGGCUAAUUGAGAAGGGCAGUGGGGCACAGCGUUUCCAGCUUACACAUGGACUCGACUUCAAGCUAUCACCAAGACAAAAGGAAGCUAUUUAUGCUAACCGAUUGCUUCUUCUCCUCCAUGCAAAUAGGAUGGAUCAGGCUCGAGAGCUUGUAGCUGCGCUUCCGGACAUGUUUCCAGAUAGUGUGGUGCCAAUUUUGCUUCAGGCAGCCGUUUUAGUCAGAGAGAACAAGGCAGGAAGAGCUGAGGAGAUCCUUUUGCAGUUUGCCGACAGAUACCCUGAGAAAGCCAAUUCAGUCCUCCUAGCACGAGCGCAAGUUGCUGCUGCUGCUGGUCACCCUCAGACAGCUGCUGAGUCCUUGGUCAAGAUAGCUGACAUUCAACACAUGCCAGCCACAGUUGCCACCCUUGUAUCCUUGAAAGAGCGUGCAGGAGACAUAAGUGGUGCUGCUGCUGUGCUUGACAAUGCAACCCAUUGGUGGAAGAAUGCCAUGUCUGAAGACAACAAGCUCAUCGCAAUCAUGCAUGAAGCUGCGUCAUUCAAGCUCAAGCACGGGCACGAGGAAGAGGCUGCAUGCCUUUUCGAAGAGCUCGUCAAGAGCCAUGGGAGCAUUGAGGCAUUGGUUGGCCUGGUGACAACAGCCGCACAUGUGGAUGUCGACAAGGCAGAGGCUUACGAGAAGCAGCUUAGGAAGCUGCCAGGGCUAAAGGAAGUCAAUGUGGAAAGUUUAGAGAGAACAUCUGGCGCGAAGCAUGUGGACAGUGUUCGUGUGGAACGAGUAGAAGAAUUGCGUGAGGAAGGAAAGGAGAAGGCCAAAGCAAGGAAGAAGAGGAAGAGGAAGCCAAGGUACCCGAAGGGGUUUGAUCCGGCCAACCCAGGCCCACCUCCCGAUCCAGAGAGGUGGCUGCCCAAGAGGGAGAGGUCUAGUUAUAGGCCGAAGAGGAAGGAUAAGAGAGCAGCUCAGGUGAGGGGCUCUCAGGGAGCUGUUGUUAGGGAGAAGCAUGAGGCAAGCGCUAGCAAUGCCUCCAAUGCUGCUAUUGGUUUGAAAUCAAGCCAGGCAGCGGCCACUUCGUCAAAGGGAGCUACAGGUAGCUCUCAAAAUACGAACUUAGAGCAACCAAAGCCAUCAACUUCCAAGUCACGAAAGAAAUCAAGAUCGUAGGUACUGUCCAGAUGGCACCUGAAUUCGUAAGCAAAACUGCUAUACAUUUGGCUUCUUGAUUCUUGUCGUAAAUUGCAAUUGAGAAAACCAUUCGUCUCAAUAGAUAUUUGGGUGCAAAUCAAGCGUAUCCACACAGGGUACAUCCAAAUGUACCCCUAGGGCAUGGAGACAAUGUGGUUUGAAGAUUUUGACCACUGAGAUUUAAAUUUUGGGGAUAGUUUGAACUGGGAUGGUUUCAGUUUAUUAGUUUUGGUUAUUCAAACUUGCACAUUUGUUA